CGGCCCCUGGCUCGGGAUAUAAUUGAAUAUCACAGCACUACUCGCUGGUUAUUUUUUUUUCUUCCUCCUCCUGUGUGUGUGUGUGGUGGUGUUUUUGGUUUGGUUUUUUUUUUUCUCCCUGUUUUUUUUUCCCCUCCUCCUCUUGGUGUGGACACCUCAGCUGAAAAAAUAUAUAUAUAUAUAUAUAUUAGCGAUACGUAUACGUGUGUACACACACACACACACAGAGACACACACAGAUGUGUAUAUAGAUCUGUAUGGCUGUAUAAAAAAAAAAAAAAAAAAAAGGAGGAGAGACAAACAAGGGUGAUUUCUCCAUUCUCAAGGCCGGGGGGAGCAGCCGCCCCGCCGCCACUCGCCAGCAUCACCCUUCAGUGGCAAGAGGCAUCUGAAAGGAAAACUUCUGCAUAUCAAUGCACUGCCAAUGAUAGUGUCAGGCAUCUGGAGAGAGGAGGGGAGGAGAACUGUGUUCAAGGAAAUCACAAAAUACAAACCAGAAGAAAAUUCAGUGGAAUAGGCCAUAUUCUUUAAAAAAAAACACCUCACUGCAGUGAGUUUUGACUUCCUCUGAAAUCUCCAACAUGGUCUAGUUUUGCCAGAGAAGCCCUGAAUUACGUCACUUGCAGAAGCUGCAGAGAAGAGGUGUCCCAUGCUGAUUGUACUCUCUGUGUUUUUUUUCAUGAGAGAAGAGAAGCUGGAGAGGCCACAGAGGGACCUCUGCAUUUCAGCAGGUGGUGUAAUACCAAGGGCUGUACUGCUGCCACAUCACAAUUUUGUGGGGUUUCAGAGAGUAGUUCUGGGUUGUGUCCUUUGUUGUGACCUCAUGGUUUAACUGGGAAUAAAGAUGAGUAUAAGCAGUGAUGAGGUUAACUUCCUGGUAUAUAGAUACUUGCAAGAGUCAGGGUUUUCCCAUUCAGCAUUUACCUUUGGUAUAGAGAGCCAUAUCAGCCAGUCUAAUAUAAAUGGUGCUCUGGUGCCACCAGCUGCUUUGAUUUCCAUCAUCCAGAAAGGUCUGCAGUAUGUAGAGGCAGAAGUCAGUAUUAAUGAGGAUGGUACCUUGUUUGAUGGUAGGCCGAUAGAGUCUCUCUCACUGAUAGAUGCAGUAAUGCCUGAUGUGGUACAGACCAGACAACAGGCCUACAGAGAUAAACUUGCACAACAGCAGGCAGCAGCUGCUGCAGCUGCGGCCGCGACUAACCAACAGGGAUCAGCGAAAAAUGGAGAAAAUACUGCAAAUGGAGAAGAGAACGGAGCACAUACUAUAGCAAAUAAUCACACAGAUAUGAUGGAAGUAGAUGGAGAUGUUGAAAUCCCUCCCAACAAGGCAGUGGUGCUGCGUGGCCAUGAAUCCGAAGUAUUCAUCUGUGCCUGGAAUCCCGUUAGUGACCUUUUGGCCUCAGGAUCUGGAGAUUCAACAGCACGGAUAUGGAACCUCAGUGAAAACAGCACGAGCGGCUCUACACAGCUGGUACUUCGACACUGUAUACGAGAAGGCGGGCAGGAUGUACCCAGCAACAAAGAUGUGACGUCACUGGAUUGGAAUAGCGAAGGUACACUUCUAGCAACUGGGUCUUACGAUGGCUUUGCAAGGAUAUGGACUAAAGAUGGUAAUCUUGCCAGCACCUUAGGGCAACAUAAAGGUCCUAUAUUUGCGUUAAAAUGGAACAAGAAAGGAAACUUCAUUUUAAGUGCAGGAGUGGACAAGACCACAAUUAUUUGGGAUGCCCACACUGGUGAAGCCAAGCAGCAGUUUCCUUUUCAUUCAGCACCAGCAUUAGAUGUUGACUGGCAAAGUAACAACACAUUUGCCUCUUGCAGUACAGACAUGUGUAUUCAUGUCUGUAAACUAGGACAAGAUAGGCCCAUCAAAACCUUCCAGGGUCACACAAAUGAAGUAAACGCAAUCAAAUGGGAUCCAACUGGUAAUCUUCUGGCAUCCUGCUCUGAUGAUAUGACUCUAAAGAUCUGGAGUAUGAAACAAGACAGUUGUGUCCAUGAUUUGCAAGCACACAACAAAGAAAUUUAUACUAUCAAAUGGAGUCCUACAGGACCAGGAACAAAUAAUCCGAAUGCCAAUCUUAUGUUAGCAAGUGCAUCCUUUGAUUCUACUGUUAGGUUAUGGGAUGUAGACAGAGGAAUUUGUAUUCAUACUCUGACAAAGCAUCAAGAACCUGUGUACAGUGUAGCUUUCAGUCCUGAUGGCCGGUACCUGGCCAGUGGCUCCUUUGAUAAAUGUGUACACAUUUGGAAUACCCAGACAGGUGCCCUAGUUCACAGUUAUCGGGGAACAGGAGGGAUUUUUGAGGUUUGCUGGAAUGCAGCAGGAGACAAAGUUGGAGCAAGUGCUUCAGAUGGUUCAGUUUGUGUAUUAGACCUACGGAAAUAGCGCUACUAGUUGGAAGCCAUGGACCGACUAUGAAUGUGUACAUAGCCAAAAUGACUGUCCCUGACCCAUGUACUGCUAUAGUCCCAAUUGAACCAUGGCCAGUCCACUACAGCCAAACGUAAAAGAAAUAUAUACAUAUACUGUAUAUAAAAAAAAAAAAAAAGAGAAAAAAAAAUUACACCCUGAAGAGGAUGACAGAGUUUUGUCACAGCUUGUGAAUCCUGUUCACCAAGUGCUGGAAUCUGCUGUGCCCCAAAAUAACAUUUAAAGGUUUUGGAUAUGAAAAACAGAAGAGAGAGCGAGAGAGAGAGAAAUAUACCAUAUACAAGAGCAGACCCAUAUACAUACCAAAUUCAGAAGAUACUAAUGGCAGCCUUCAUUACCCCUUCCCCCCUUUAAAUCCGUUCUGACAAUGGAUUGUGGGGUAUUUUUGUUUUCCUUCUCAGUAGUUGAGCAGUUUGUGUGUACAGAGAAAAUGGACUUACAGAAAUCUGCAGCAGUAGUUUUUUCUUUGCUUUUAAACAUUGGGUUUUCUGUUUUGUUUUGGUUAAGUUUACGGAUGCAUGAAGUAAGGGAGUGAAUUAGUUUCUUGUUUAUAUUUUUUUCACCUUGGAAAAAAUGUUUCUUUGAAACAUAUUUUAAUGCAUUCUAUGAAGAGGUAGAUUGAACCUGAUAAUGUUUGGUACAUUUUGUGGCUCCCAGAGCACAAUUUUGUGAACAGAGGGAGGGUGGAAAAGGGAUUAUGGAGAGAGAAGAAAAAAAAACCACAACCCUUCUUUGAGGCGUGAUAUUUCAUGUCCUGCUCAUCUACGAAGUAUGACAGUAAUGGGUAUAAUGCUAUGUUUUAUUUUCUGGUGACAUGGCUGAAAUGCAGUAGUUUCUUAUUUGGGACAUAAUUCUGCCAAACUUAAGAAUAGAAGGGCACAAAAAUACAGAAAAGAAAAAUACAGGGAUGCAAAAAAAGAGAGAAGAAAGAAAAGGACAAAAAAAGAGGAAAAAAUGCAUCUUCUGUUGCUUUAAGACCAUAGCUAAAAUAUGGUUAAAUGGUGCACUAUUGUGAAAAGGAGCAAAAUAUAGCUGGGGGAUUGUUUUUAAGAGGUUAAGAUCUUUCUGGACAAGGGUUCAUGCCACAGCUUCUUUGAGAGUUGCCCAUCAUUAUUUGUAGGAGCUUAGAUGUAUAAUUGUAACCAAACUCCAGUAUUAAAAGUAUCUCAUGUAAUUUUUCUUUAUUAAAAUAAAAUCUUUGGCAUAUAUUUGGUAACACUGCCAUUAAGAGGCAAAAUGUUUACUACCUUAGAUUUAAAAAAAACUUAAACAGAGGACUUGCUUCAAGUUUAUUUUAAUAGCAGUGAUUCAGCUUAUUUAAAAGAUGAAUACUUGCACUAAUUCCCCUGCUGCUCCAGUCCUGCAGUUUAUUGUAUCUUGUGACUACAUUUUUUUCCAAAUAUAGGGUAGAUGUAAGCUGCUAUUUUUUUAAUAAUCACUACUAAAUAGUGUCUUUUACUCUGUUUACAAUAUCAAGUAUUUUUCUUACAAUGACAGAUGUAUAUGGCAAACCUUUUUCUGCUCAUGUGAUUAAAAGUAUACUGAUAGUGAUUUUAUUUGUAAAUGAUAGCAUGAGGUUGUGUUUACGCAUAUGUGUAGUCAAAAAGGUUGCAUCAUGUCUUGCAUAAGAUUCCCAGAGUGUAAAUUUAUAAAAAGAGAGGUUGUCAAAUUUAUGUCACAGGCAUUUUACUUAAGGAAUGGUUUAUAUUACAGAGCUUUUCAAAGUUACCAGUUUUAUAACACUAUUUAAAUCACAAACAAUUUUGUGGCUUAUGAUUGCUAGUCUCUAACAUUUUUUUUUCUUUUCUUUUUUCCCCCCCCACCCCAAGUUAGGUAUACAUUGAUUUGAAAUAAUGCAGCUUUGACAUUUUAACCAUUGGUCUUUAGGCAUUGAUUUCUGCUGUUUCCAUGGAAUAAACACGACUUGAAGCAAGUCUGAGUUUGGCUAAGGUAGGGUAGCAAUUUGCCAGUGGUAAAGAGAAGUCAACAAUACAUACUUUAUAUAUACCCCUGGAUUAUAAUACUAUCAUACACAGCAUUUAAAACCAACAAAAAAUCAUAUCCAUAAAGACAGUCAUCCACGGUGGUUCGGUGCCAGCUAUUUUUAGGGUUUUGGAACAUAUUACAAAUGUUUAGAGCAAUUACCCUGUGAGUUACGAUAUGUAGGAAACCUAAUAUAUUGAGUGUCUGGCACUUGAAAUACUGCUUUUAUUGCUGGAGGUCCAUGACUGUGGCUGACCUCUGUCAUUUAAUGAAAAAAAAAAUAAAAAAAAAAUUCUGUGCAAUAAUUUUAAACUGUGCUCCCAGGAAUAGACACAAAUGUUUUGAGUAUGUUUAAGCUGCAUUUUUCGUUUAGCAAUGCAUUUGUCAAUUGCACUGAAUUUAAAUCUGAAAGUCAGAAGUGAUUUCUUGAUAGUACUUUUGUAUUUUAAUAUGGACAGUUUAUUCAUUUUCAUAAAAGUUAUUGGAUGAUUCUUUCAGCCAAUCUAAACAAUUGUGGUGGAAUUCUGUGACAUAGCUGCAAAAUCAUACAGCCAUGUUUUAGGGUAUUGCCAUUUUCCUCUUUCUCAAUCAUCAGCUGUUUUGGUUGUAAUUCUAGUUGCUUAAGCAUAGUAUCACAUAUUCAGAAAUAGAUGAAACAGAGCUUCAGUAUCACAGGUCCAGGGUUUUCAGGUGCUCGAAGCAGAGUCCAGCAGGAACAUCAGAUCUGUUGACUUGAGUGCUCUGGACGUGCAGGCUGAGACCCCCAACCUGGUGUUAAUCAGCAGUGCCCCACUGUAGUGGAAUGAUGCCAGAUUCCACGAGCAAAGGAUCUGGCCAAUAGAUAUUUUAUUGUUGUCCUUUACUAGCAUGCCACAGUGCUGCUCCUGCUCACACCUCUUCUCGCCUCCUGUUUUAUACACUGUUAAAUGCAUGCAUGCAAGGUGUGCUAGGUUCUGUGAUUAUGUGAAGCAAAAAGAAAAAAAGAAAAAAAAGAGAACCAUGACAUUAUUAUCUUUUAUAGCACAAAGACCUCGUAUUCGAUGGUGAGGUAGACUAUCCAAAUUGCUCCUUUAAAUUGAGUAUGCCAAAUGUCAGUAAGGCCCUAAUUUUGUAUAAACGUAUGCACAUGCUUAGUCUUACAUACUGAGUAAUUCUGUUGCGCCUGUUUUCCAAGUGUAAAGGCAAACAUGUGCAUAAGCCUUUGCAUACAUUACAGUUCCUAUAUUUUCCAGUUCAACACGUUAAUGGGCAAAUAUCCAAAUAGAGGAUAAAAGAAAGGGGAAAAACUGGGCUCAGAAUUAAUGAUGGAAUAAGAAAUGAUCUGCUUUUGAGUUCGCUGUCUUUCUAUGCAUCCAUCUCAGAAUCCUGUUUCUCAUUUCUGCGUAAUUAGGUCCAGGUUUCUGUAGAGUUCUUCUCUUUCUAUUUUUACUUUACCUUUUUCUGCAUUUUUAAAUUGAUGUAAAGAUUCCCAACCAGUGGACUUCUUAGUGUAGUUAAGAGAAUAUCUAGGUCCUCAUAAAAGCUUUUUUAGACUCUUUGUAAUGUUGAUAAACUCAGUUUAUUCUGGGACUACAAUUGUGCAGGGUUAUUUAGCGUGUCUACUAGAUGAUUGGAAAUCUUAUAUGAAACACUAAAAGUGCCUCUUUUUCUGGGUUGGGUGGAGGGAGGUAAUAGUUACCAGAGUCAGAAUGACAUGGCAUUUUGAAGCAUGUUUCUUGAUUUCAUGACACUUUAAUGCAUCUUGAGAGAAAGGCCAAAGAUUUCUACCAAUUUUAAUUUUCAUUUUUAAAAGCACUCCUUUUUCCUUACACUGCUUACCUCAUGCUAGGGUAUUUAAUGGGACAUUGUACCUUUGAAAUGUUCUUUGUGUUUAGGUAGAGUAGUAGGUGGCAUAGGGCGGUUGUGCCAGUUUGCCUACGGAGCAAUCGUAGCAGCUGAUGCAUUUAGUUCUGCUGAAUGAAGGAAUUUCAUUAAAAUCGCAAACUGGGUUUUUCAGCUUGUAAAUAAAAGGUUGUAUGUUUUUGUCUGUUUAGCGAAGAGGAGCCUUGGGACCCAAUUUUUCCAAUCUUUACUUACCCAGAAACCCCAUUGUCUUUCAUGAGAAAACCUUGCCAGAGCAAGCGUUGGAGGCGUUGGGUCUGCGUAACGCCGUGCAGCGUGCCGCGUAGGUAAAACGAGCCACGUCUCGCUCGAGCCAAGCGUCCCCUUGGCGUCGGGGGGGGGGGGGUUGCCAGAGCAGGGCCUGCCGGAUUUAGCCCAGUGUUCCUUUUGCAUUGACGAGCGUGAUAGCUUCUCCCUUCACAAAGUCCUGUAGAGCCGUUCCCCAGUGGGAUCACUUUCACACUCUCCAGAAGUCUGAAGAAAGCAGAAGCAACAUUGUGGCAUGUUAGAAGCAAAUAUGGCUUCGGGAGACAGCAGUAAAUCUCCAUCAAGAUCCCUGACAUUUUUCCGUAGGGAGAGCGCCGUGGAGCAGUCUUCACUUCUCCCUCUAGAGAAAGCUCUGAAAUACCACAUUCUGUGAAAGUAUGACUGUCUUCACUGUCAGUCUGAUGGAAGGCAGACGAACCAGGAAAAUCUGCCGUUUCGUGCGGAUUGCAGAUUUAGUGUUAAUAGUGCUUCAGAUCAGUAGUUUUGAGUACAUAAUUCGCUUUCUCUGCCUUUAAGUUUGAAGCUUGACAAUAACUUGAGGCAUGUUUUUGUUUUCUUUUCUUUUUUAAAUAAUCAUUCAUUUUUACUUCAUAAUGUUUUUGACAUUUGUGGGUAAAUACAAGAAAACAGUCUGCAUGUUGUUGCUAGUCCAGUGUACUUUGCAAUCUUGUCCUCAACAGACUGCAGUGUGCAGAACAGUAAUUCUAGAAUACAGAAGUAAUUUUCUCUCUCUCCUGACAUUGACAUUGUAGUUGUAAUGGUUUCAUUUGGAGUUACAAAUCCUUUGGGUCUAAUUCUGUGAGCCUACCUAUAGCACUGGAUUAAAAUGUCUGCAUCAUUUCUUCAGUUAUCCAGUUAAAUUACAACUGUUGUAAAAGUGUAAACCAGCCCAUGACAGUUUUUUGUACUUGUUUAAAGGACUUUUAUUGUUCAGUUUUCAUGAUUAUUGUCUAAAGAAGACUGAUAUAGAUGUUCUAUACUGUCCUGGACCAUGUUAAUUACACUUUAUGAUGUAUUUUGGUUCUACAUCACAAUGAUUUGUCCCCAAGGCCCUUAUAUCCCUUCUAGGCACAUUUUCUGUUGCAGUUUCCCUUUGCAUUGUAUUGCUUUGACAACUGUAAUUUGAAUCAGAUCUGAAAGAGGUCCAGAAUAAAAUAUAUUUUGAUAUUA